AUGGUGAUUCCGGUGAGAACCGAACGCGCUACAUCUAUUCAUAUCUAUCUAUCUAUCUAUCUAUCUAUCUAUCUAAGCCUGUUCAUAUCUAUCUAUCUACUUGAUCAUAUAAAUGUUUUUUCCUGCCCGCUUCUUUCUUUCUUUCUUUCUUUCUUUCUUUCUUUCUUUUCGUCAACCUCUUUUUCAUUUCCUUUUCACUUCUUUUUCUUUUUUCUUCUCAUUUUUUGUCUUUUGGUUUUCCCAGCGCCAUCAACGACUGAUUUUAUUCUUUCAUUUUCCCCCUUCUUAUUCAUUAAACCUUUUUUUCAUUUUAACUACUAUAAUUUUUUCUUCGUUUUCAAUCAUUUUACCAAUCAUUACUUCAUCUUCUCUAUCAUUAUUCUUUUUCUUUCUUUUUUAUGUCUUUCUUUCAUUCUGGCUUUCUUUCAUUCUUUUCUUUCAUUCUUUCUUGCUUUCAUUCUUUCCUUCUUUCUUUCAUUCCUUCCUUCUUUCUUUUAUUCAUUCUUUCUUUCCUUCUUUCUUUCAUUCUUUCUUUAUUUGACUAAUUUCUUUUCACUACACUCGACCGCCCUUUUUAUUCUUUCUUUUCUUUUUAUUUCUUAUCCAUCUCAUCUUUUGCAAUUAAUUCAUAUUCCCUUUCAUUACGUUGCCCUUCUUUCUUUCUUUCUUUCUUUCUUUCUUUCUUUCUUUCUUUCUUUCUUUCUUUUUUUCUUCAACUUUGCACCUCUCCAUUGUUCUUAUAACACGACUACUUCAAAAUAUAUUUCUCCGUUUUCUUCUCUUAUUCACAUGAUCUUUGUUUGUUUGUUUGGAUUCUUUCUUUCUUUCUUUCUUUCUUUCUUUCUUUCUUUCUUUCUUUCUUUCUUUCUUUCUCCGAAUAUGUUUCUUAUCUUUUGCAACAAUCAUUUUUUUUGUUUUUGUUUUCGGCAAUUUCCCCUCCCUACUUCUUUCUUUCUCUUUCUUUUGAUUAUCACACGACACAUUUCUUCUUCUUCUUCUUCUUCUUCUUCUUCUUCGUCCUUCUUCUCCGUCCUUCUUCUCCGUCCUCCUCCGUCCUCCUCCUCUUCUUCUUUUCCUCGUCCUCCUCUUUUUUCUUAUUCUCCUACCCCUCCGCCUUCUUCUUCUUCUUCUUCUUCUUCUUCUUCUUCUUCUUCUCCUCCCCUCCUUUUUCUUAUUCUCCUCAUCCUACUUCUUCUUCUUCUUCUUUUCCUCCUUCUCCUCCUUUUUUCUUAUUAUCCUCCGCCUUCUUCUUCUUCUCCUGCUCCUCCCCUUCCUUCUUCUUCUUCUUCUUUUCCUUCUCCUUUAUUUUCUUCCAGAAUAUUUCUCUUCUUUUUCCCAUCAUUUCUUUUGACUUUCUUCUUUUUCCACUCAAUUUCCCCACUCAACUUCUUUCUUUCUCUUUCUUUUGAUUAUCACACGACCCAUUUCUUCUUCUUCUUCUUCUUCUUCUUCUUCUUCUUCUUCUUCUUCUUCUUCUCCGUCCUCCUCCUCCUCUUCUUCCUCUUUUCCUCGUCCUCCUCCUUUUUCUUAUUCUCCUACCCCUCAGCCUUCUUCUUCUUUUCCUUCUCCUUCUCCUCCUCCUUUUUCUUAUUCUCCUCCGCCUUCUUCUUCUUCUCCUGCUCCUCCUCUUCCUUCUUCUUCUUUUUCUCCCCGUUUUUAUUCUUCUCCUCCGCCUCCUUCUUCUUCUCCUCCUCUUCUUCUUCUUCUUCUUCUUCUUUUCCUCCUCCUUCUUUUUCUUAUUCUCCUCAUCCUCCUUCUUCUUCUUCUUCUUUUCCUUCUUCUCCUCCUUUUUCUUAUUCUCCUCUGUCUUCUUCUUCUUCUUUUUCUUCUUCUAUAUUUUAA